AUGUUCAGUAAUCUUAAAGGACUUGUAAAGAAAGAGGGCACACAUAAAGCCGCUCGGUCAGAAUGUGGAAGCGUCGAUGGAAGAGUUUCUUAUUCGCGGUUUUUGGGUGAAUCAGAGAGAACGGAUGCUGAUAUUGCAUUUGAAUCACGAACGUCUUCUUGUUCUUCUGUGUCAAUGCAACAACAACAACAACAACAACAACUUAAAUCAAAACCUUCAUUAUCAACGAUUCACAAUUCUCCUGAUAAUAAUAAUGAUAGCAUCAAUAUUAUGCCUUCUUCUUCUUCUGUUGAUGCAAAGAAAGAAGAUAUUUCCGCAUUGGGUAAACAAAUAAGUCAUUCUAGGAUAUUAAAAUCACCUAGUCCAUUUGGAAUUGGCAGCGGUGGCGGCGGCGGCGGCGGUGCGGAGGAUUCUGAUUGUGGUUCAGUUAUUUCAUCAACUUUUCGAUUAUCUACUACUGCUACUACAGAUUCGACAGAUAUUCAAUCACGUUAUCAACGUGUUUAUCAUUUAGCAAGAGAAUAUAAGAUUAAAUAUCAACAGCUUUCUGAAGCAUUCAAAGUUAUGGAAUCAGAAAGAAAUAAUCUACAACAAUUGUUAGCAUCACAUCAAGCAAAAACAUCAAAGUCUGUUGAAGAAGUCUAUAAAAAGCUUGAAUUAGAUAAACAAUCUAAAGAUGAGUUGGAAAGAGAUUUUCGUCAACUGUUAGCUGAAAAAGAAGAAAUUAUAAAAUCAUUACGAAUGCAGUGUGAUCAACAGAAUAUUAAUAAAUUACGCUCUGAAUUAGCUGAUAGUAAACUCUCUCAAUUAGCCUUAGAAGAACAAGUUCAGUGUUUAAAAGCUAAAUUCUUUAGUCUGACGUAUAAAAAUUCUGAAUUAUUAGAAAAAAAUCAAUUAUUGGAAAGUGGCAAUCAUGAUGUUGAUAAUACUACCGGUGCUACUGCUGAUGGCGGGGAUUCACACUUAAAAAUCAGCCAACCAAAUACUACUACUACGACAGAGUCAAGUUCAAUUCAUGUAGACCAGCAACAACAGGAGAUUGAUGAAUCCUCUAAAGAAAUUCACCUUUUAUCUGAUCAAUUAAAAGAAUUACAAAUGAAAUUAAAUGAAUCUGAAGAUGCUAAGAAACAUUUAGAAAAAGAAGUGGACAAUUUAAAAGAAAUCUUAACUCUAACCCAGUCACAAGUCAAUACAAUAACAUCUGCUAAAAAAGAAGAAAAAGAAAAAGAGACAUUGAAUUCUGAAUUAGUCAAUUUACAAAAUGAUCUAAGUAGCUUAAACACUGAAAAAUCUCAAUUAACUCAACAGUUGAAUGAAGCUCAAAUCAAUAUUGAACACCUUGAAUCAAUUCGAGUUGAACAUUUAAAACAAAUUGAUCAAUUAAAAGCAGAAAUUAAACAACAAAAUGAAAAUUCAAAAAUAAACUAUGAAAAUUUAUUCUGUCACAUUAAACAAAUCAAAUCUGAUUUAUCCAAUCAUUUGAAUAAUGAUUCUUUAAAUUUGUUGAACAUUGAAUGUGUACAAGAUGUCGAGGGUAUUUCAAAUCUACUUGAUAACUUUGUCAAGGUUAUUCGUGAAAUGCAAACAACACAUAAUGAAAAAGUGAUAAAUUCAGAAAAUCAAUUAAAUGAAUUAACUGAUCAUUUAAAUAAAAAUCAAUCAAUAUUAUCUACUGUUCAAUGUGAAUUGGAUGAAUACAAAUCAAAAGAACAAGAACAAAAUGAACAUAUUAAUGAACUUACUAUAAAAUUGGAGAAUAUUCAAACUGAUUACAUAAAUCAAUUAUCAAAUAUGGAAAAUAAUUUACAAAAUGAAAUAAAAAAGUAUACAGAUGUAAAAUUAAAAUAUACUGAAAUGGAAGUAGAAUUUAAUAAUAUACACAAUGAAUUAAAAUUAGUAAAUCAAUUAAAAGAUGAUUUGGAAUAUAAAUUAUCACAACAAUUGAAUAUACAAAGUAAUCUGGAAAAGGAUUUAACUCAUUUGAAACAAUUGCAUGCAGAUGAUGAACAGUUAAAAUUAAAACAAGAUUUACAAAUAUCUAAUGAACAAUAUAUAGAAUUAUCAAAUAAUCAUGAAAGUUUGCUGAAACAAUUCAAAGAGAAUGAAGAACAAUUGAAAAUUGAACAAGAUAAAUUGGCGCGUAAAUCAAAUGAAUUGUUAACAGUUAUUGAAGAGUUGAAAACUUCACAAGAAAUGAUUAUUAAUUUAAAAAAUAAUCAUCAAUUAGAAUUGGAUAAACAAUUGAAUGAUCAAUCUAUCAAAUAUCAGUUAGAGAUAGAUUCACUUAAAAAUGAGAUAGAAAGAAUGGAGAAACACUCAAAUGAUACAUUAGAUUCAAAAAUUGAGUGUUUGACAAAUGAAAAUAAAGUUCUAUCUGAUCAAAUUCAGUCACUUCAGCAAACUCUAAGUAGUACUCAAAACCAAUUGGAUAGCUUAAAGCUUCAAUAUAUCAAUGAAUCAGAAAAAACUAGUGAAGACAUGAAAAAGCAUGAGAUGGAAGAACAGAAUUUACGCCAACAACUCUCGGAAGCCAAUGACAGCAUUAAAGCAAUUCAAGAUCAGUUAGAAAAAUCAAUGCAAGAAAAUAAACAUCUUACUAAUCUGUUAGAUAAUUUCCAUAAGAAUGAAACAAUACUUUCUAAAGAAAAUGAAGAAAACAUCCUUGAAUUAAUUAGUUUAUCAAAUAAUGCCUGUGAAUUACUUUUUAACCAAUCAAAUCAAUUGACCAAUAGAGUUGACUCUAUUUGGAAUGUCCUUGAAAUGUCCAAUCAGCGUUUAGAUGAUGUCAUUACAAGUGUUGAUCCAACAUUGAAGUCAAUAAACAAACGUAUCCACGACUACCGUAGCACAAUUGAUGAAUUAAAACAAGACUUAUUGAAUGCUAAAAAUGAAUUAAUUACACGAGAUAAUGAUACGAAAGAUUUGCGAGUGGAUGUUACGGAAAAACAAAAUGAGAUAAGUGAACUGCAUAAAGAAUUAAAUCAGUACAAAGCAUUCCAAGAAACAGUUGAAUCAUUUUUACGUAACAAACAUUUCCUACUGUAUCGUACAUUGAUUAACUUGUGUCAGUCAAGAAUUACUUCUAUGCUAGACGAGAUAAAUGAAUACUUAAACUUUAUCAAUACUACUGAUAAUACUACUCAUAAUAAUAAUAAUAAUAAUUAUGAACAAGUCUCUUAUGCUUGUAGUCAAGCGAAAUUAACCAUUGAACAAUUGAAAGAAUCAUUUAAUAAAUUAGACAAAGAUAUGACUCAAUUCAAUCAAUUUAAUGCUACUGAAACAAAUCACAGUCUGGAAUUAUUUUCUGCCUUAAUCGCUUCAGAUGUAUUCAAUGCAUUCACAUCAAAUCUUAACCAGUCUGUCAAUGAUUUUAAUACACUGAACACUAAAUCUUUAAGAGAAUUACAACAAAUUUAUCAUAAUGAUAUUAUAAAACACUCGAUUAGCAUUUAUCAAUCUACAAUAGAUAAAUUACAAAGUGAAAUAAAUGUAUUAAAGACAGACUGUCAAUGUCUUACUGACCAAUUGGCUAAAUCACACAUGGAUUAUGAAACAUUCAAGCAAACUGUUCAAAUAGAAAGUAAAAAUAUUUCUGCUGUUGAAACAGCUUUAAGUGAAGCAAAUCAAUCUAUUGAUGCAUUGAAACAGAAUGAAACAGUUUUAAUGGAAAAAUAUACUAAUCAAGUGAAAUUAUAUGAACAAAGUCAACAAACACUAAGUCAGUUAGAAGAUCAAUUGAAUUCAGCUAAAGAGAAAUCAAAUCAACUUUCUAAUGAGUUGUUGGAGAAAGAAUCUUUAAUUAACAGUACUCUAGAAGAAUCGGAUAAAACCAUCGCUUCACUUCAAAUUCAAUGUAAUAAUUUACAAAAUGAUAUAAAUCAAUUACAAGAAAAGCAUGCGAAUAGUUUAGAAGAGAUGAAAACACAUUAUGAAGAAGAAUUACAAAAGUUAAAAGAGCUAACUGAACAGGAAAAAUCACAAUGUAUUACUGAAUUGAAAAAAGAACAUCAAAGCGCUUUAAACAAAGCUGUUGACUCUGCUGUUAUUGCUAAAGAGAAACAAUUGAAACAACAAAGUCUAGAGUUGAAAAAUCGUUUGAAACAAGUUUUACAAGAAUUAGAAAUAAGUAAAAAGUCUUCAAGCAGUCAGUCACGUCGUGAACUUGACCUACAAGGAUCAUUGAAUGAAGUUGAAGAGAAGUUGAAUCAACUACAAAUAGAAUAUAAAAAUCAAUGUAACCUAGUGGAACAAUUACAAUCAAAAGUAAGCGAGUUAGAACAAGCAAAUUCAGAGCUGAAAGCGAAUCAUAGUAAAAAUACAAUGGAGAAUAACAAUCUACUAAAUGAAUCACUCUCUGAAAUCCAUGAAAAUUAUCAAAUGCAAAUAGAAUUGAUGAAAGCUGAACAUGCUAGUCAUAUUCAAGAGAUGACAAAAGAUUUUGAAAGAAAAUUAAUCACAAGUCAACGGGAACUUAAUAUUCAGCAUAAAACUGAAAUAGAUGAGACAUCAACAAAAUUAAAGCAUAUGGAACAAAAUCAUACGGAAAAGUUAUCACAAUUAGAAGAGACUAUCUCGGAACAAGAGCGUCAAAAUAUUAAAUUAAAAAAUUGUGUCAAUGAAUUACAAUCUGAGUUAAAGCGUAUGAAAGAAGUCGGCGUUAUCGAAGCUAAAUGUCAGAGUAAAGUCAAUGCAUCAGUAUUAUCAACUCCAUCGUCUGUCUCUUAUCAUGAUAUCGAUGUACAGUGUAAUCUACAAUUGGACAAUAGUUUCAAUAUUAAUGAAACUGAUUCACAUAUACUGAAUAAUACACAGAAUGGUAUCAAUCAAUCAAGAUCAUCAAGUGAAUUGAAUACUUCUCGUUAUUCUUCAAAUGAUACAGCCUAUGAUGAAUGGAUUGAAAAAUUACGUCAAGAAAUUCUUCAUUCAGAUUCUAUUGACUCAUUACAUCCAGCAUUACGUCAAACUCGUUAUCCUACUACUGUUUCUAUACGUGAUUAUGAAGCUCUUCAGUUGCAUAAUACUGAUCUUCAAAAUCAAUUGCAACAACUGUCAGCAGAUUUUGAAGAAUUACGUUCAAGAUGUACAGCUGCAUGUGGAGGCGGUGGCGGUGGCGGUGGCAGUGGUGGUUACAAAGAAUCGAAUCAACAUUCCAAAUUCACAACUGAACCAUUACAUAUCCAUACAGGAAAUGAUAGUAAGACAGGACAGUCGCCUCAUUCAAAUAUUUCUUUAAAUACUAUGCUAAGUGAUUAUCAUCAUCAAUACAGUAAUCCUGUAUUUAGUCCAAGUGAAAAUCGUCUACACGAGUUGGUUGAAUAUGAAUAUUUGAAAAAUGUUUUGUUCGAAUAUAUGCAAGGACGUGAAACUCAAACUUUAUCAAAAGUCCUUUGCUCUUUGAUGCGUUUCAAUGCAGAUCAAACUCGUAAGGUGUUGAGUUAUGAAGAUCAAAAAAGCAAGGCAUGGACUAUUCGUGCGGUAAUGGAAUAA